UCCAUAAUAUGGAAGAGGCAAUAAAACCAGCCAACUUCUUUAUUCUUACUAAUGCUGUCAAGAGAGUUUCAGGUUUUGAUACUGAAACCAGCACAUUCAAAGCCCCAAGUUUGGCCCUGAAGCUCGGACAUUCUCUGAGAAAAAUAAGUGAUAUUAUCAUGUGUCGUGCUCUCAUGGAAGAGGAUCAAGAGGCGAUCGAUUCAAUCAGGAGGUUUCACACACUUCAUGAAACAAAGUGGUCUGAAUUAGUUUCCCAUUCAGCCUUAUCAAACCUGAGUGAGGCAAAAUACAACAAGGUCGACAGCCUUCCACUGACCAGAGAUGUUCAGAAGCUGCAGUUAUAUCUUGGUCAGCAAGUGGAAUCGGCUAGGGAGAAACUAGGUGAUAACCCAACAGCAGGAACUUAUGCAGCACUAGCAAAGGUGAUCCUUUGUCAAGUGAUUUUGUUCAAUAGGAGGCGGGAAGGUGAAGUAGCACGUAUGACUGUCAAAAAUUUUGAAGAUCGUGACAUGUCCAAACUAAACGAUGACAUCAGCUCUGGGCUUACAGAAGUUGAGAAAAGGCUUUGCCAACAGUUUGCCAGAGUGGAACUGAAGGGGAAAAAAAGGACGAAAGGUGGCUGUGAUCCUGACUUCUGAUAUGACCGAUAACCUGUCACUCCUCGUUAGUAAGAGGAAAGAGUGCGGGGUAUCUGAAAACAAUAUGUACCUUUUCGCCAUUCCUUGUAGUGAUGGUCACUACAGAGGGCAGUUUGGUCAGUUUGCAGAUGCUUGCGGAGCUGAACAUCCUCAGAACCUCAGAUCAACUAACCUUCGCAAACAGAUUGCCACGAUAAGCCAAGUCAUGAACUUGAAAGAUAAUGAACUAGACCAGCUGGCCGAUUUCCUCGGCCAUGACAUUAGGGUCCAUAGAGAAUACUAUCGACUGCCCCAAUCAACAAUUCAGCUGGCUAAGAUCUCCAAGUUGCUCAUGGCCAUGGAGAAGGGAAGUGUGAAGGAUAUUCAAGGAAAAACUCUGGAUGAAAUUGGUGAUGACAUAGAUGGGAUGGCUACUGGAUCACAGCAACUCCCUGAUGCUUCCACAUUGCGAGAAAAAUCUAUCAAUGACAAUGAAGAAAUAUUAACUUCUGUGACUUCUGAUUUGCCUCACUUCUCCGAGACUGCAGCUCAAGGUACAUUUUCAAUGCUGUACUCAAAGUUUGCCCAACAUAUCUUAUGUAAUGAGCUGGGAUCUGUGAGUUAGUCCUGUUCAGAGACAAAUCCAGUGAAAUGUGCAGUAACGUAUUUUAACAGCGCACAUCACGUAUGAUAACGAUGCUCUCUUGUUUCAUUAAUGCCACUUGCAUCUCUGUUUUUCAUUGCAUUAAAAAUGAAAUCAGACUUUACUAUUAACACUACUAUGCUGAUUACGAUAACCUGGGAUUGUGUAUAGAACAAUAUUACUAACCAUCAGUACAUUUUUACAUGGUCGAUUGUUAGUUGUUCCAUUCCUAAUUGUGACACUAAUGCUUUAUGACUAGUAUUUUGAUGCUUCAUCAGUUUUGGCCAAGCAAGAUUUGGCCUGUGCAAAAUCUACAUCAUUUCCCAGUAAACUUAUUACCCAAGGUAUUGUUGACUUCAUCCAGUUCAGCAGCAUUGCCAUGUGUAUAGUUAGCAUAAUAGAACUGGCUGUCACUGUCCCCUCUGUGCCCAUGGUGUUUGAUUGGUAGGCAGAAAGCCUCUUUAAGCCCAUACAUUUA